AUGAGCUCUUGGCAGGAGAACACCAGCCCCUGCAACUGGACGGGCUUAAUGUGCACGGCUGUUCGCCAUGGCCGCCGCAUCCCCUGGGUGGUGACCAACAUCUCUCUGCCGGAUGCUGGCAUCCAUGGAAAGCUUGGUGAGCUCAACUUUUCGGCUCUUCCAUUCCUCCCAUAUAUCGACCUUCAUAACAAUAGUCUCCAUGGUGCACUGCCCACUAGUAUCAGCUCGCUGUCAGCACUUUUAGAACUCAUCCUUGAGCAGAACCAGCUCGUAGGGAAAAUUCCUUGUGAGAUUGGUGACCUGCAAAGUCUCAUGUUGUUUGAUCUCUCAUUUAACAAACUCACAGGACAUAUCCCUGCAUCUCUUGGUAACAUAACAAUGUUAAGUCAACUUGGCAUUCACCAAAACAUGGUAUCAGGUCUCAUUCCUGAAGAGAUUGGAAGGCUUGUCAACCUCCAAGUUUUGCAACUAAGCAACAACAACUUAAGCGGUUUGAUACCGAAAACCAUUGGUAAUCUGACCAAGCUAAAUAUUUUGUACCUAUUUGGUAAUCAUCUUUCAGGACCUAUACGAAAAGAACUAGGCAUGCUAGUCCAUAUGCAAUAUCUUGAGCUUAAUUCAAAUGAUUUAUCGGGGCCAAUUCCAGUCUCCAUAACCAAUCUCACUAAGAUGAACACACUUUUUCUCUAUGAUAAUCAAAUCACAGGUUCCAUCCCCCCAACAAUAGGAAAUCUUAAUAUGCUGAAUAUACUUUGUCUCUAUCGAAAUCAAAUAACUGGUUCAAUACCCCCAGGACUAGGAAACCUCACUUUGCUAAAUAAGCUUUUUCUCUAUACAAAUAAAAUCACAGGGUCGAUGCCUUCAAAAGUGGGCGGCUUGCUGAAUCUCCAAGGAUUAUACUUGUUCGAGAAUCAAAUAUUUGGCUCUCUUCCUGACAGAUUAGGAAAUAUUACCAAGUUACUUUGCAUUAUCCCUCUCUGA